AUGACGUAUUCUAGUGACGUGCGGUUGGAAACUUGGGAUUAUGUAGUAAUAUGCUGCUAUUUUGCUCUUGUUUUCGCUGUUGGAAUAUGGUCCAUGUGUCGAACCAGUCAUGGUAAUGUGGGUGGUUAUUUCUUGGCCGGUAGGAACAUGUCGUGGUGGCCUGUGGGUUUGUCCUUGUAUGCUAGUAACAUUGGUAGCGAACACUUCAUUGGAUUGGCUGGUAAAGGGGCAGCUUCCGGUAUUGUUUCUUACCUAUUCGAAAUAAAUGCAAUAUUUUGUUUGUUAAUGUUAGGCUGGGUGUUUCUACCUGUCUACAUUUCCAGCGCCGUAUAUACGAUACCCGAAUAUCUAAAGAAGCGGUUUGGACGCCAACGUCUUCGAGUUUGCUUGACGAUAUACGCGUUAGUGAUUUAUAUUUUCUUGAAAGUAUCGGUAGAUAUAUAUGCUGGCGCUAUAUUCAUUCAACAAGCCUUGAGAUGGGAUUUGUAUCUUUCCAUUGCUUUUAUACUCGGGGUCACUGCACUAUUCACUGUGGCGGGGGGAUUGUCCGCUGUCAUAUACAUGGAUUCUCUGCAAAGUUUCAUAAUGGUUGGUGGCUCUAUUGCGUUGUCUGUCUUAAGCUUCAUUGAAAUUGGCGGGUAUGACGCCUUAGAAGAGGAGUACAUGAAAGCCAUACCGAAUACAACACUGUACGGCAACACGUCAUGUGGCUACCCACGUGAAGACGCCUUUCACCUUGUCAGGGAUCCACUCGAUUCUGAUUGGCCAUUUCCAGGGCUGCUCUUCCGAUCAUCAAUCAUUUCCCUGUGGUACUGGUGUGCUGACCAGGUGAUUGUACAGCGUGCUUUAGCAUCCAAGACUUUACCCCAUGCUCGGGGUGGCACUGUUUUAGCCAGCUACUUGAAAAUAACACCACUGUACUUACUGAUGUUCCCAGGCAUGAUAAGCAGAGCACUGUGGCCAGACGAGGUUGCCUGUGCAGAUCCUGAUGUUUGUAAUGAAGUAUGUGGUAGUUCUGCUGGAUGUAGCAAUAUUGCAUACCCUAAACUCAUAUUGGAACUCAUGCCGGAAGGUCUUCGUGGGAUGAUGAUGGCUGUGAUGCUAUCAGCAUUGAUGAGUUCAUUGACCUCCAUCUUCAACAGCGCCAGCACAGUGUUUACGUUGGAUGUAUGGAAACGAAUCCGUAGACGAGCCAAGGAAGCGGAGUUAAUCAUAGUAGGAAGGAUUUUUGUGGUAUUACUGGCAGGCGUUGGUGCACUCUGGAUUCCUGUUAUGAUGUCGCAAGAGGGCGGUCAACUAAUGGAAUAUGUAUGGGCUCUCACUUCAUAUCUCUCUCCGCCAAUCACAUCGCUCUUCUUGGUCGCUGUAUUCUGGCCUAGGGCCAAUGAACAGGGUUCUUUCUGGGGGUUAACUGUCGGAAUGGUGGUCGGCCUCGUACGAAUGAUAUUGUCGUUCAUAUUUCCCGAUCCUCUGUGCGGUGAAGAAGACACAAGACCAGAAUGGGUGUCAUCAUUACAUCAUAGUUAUUUCUCCUUGGUUCUUUUUACGCUAUGUGUAUUGAUUAUUGUGACCGUUAGUUUGUGUACGGACCCACUGCCUGAAUUCAAGAAACAUGGAACUACUUUCUUUACUCGGCAUGAAUUAUACGAAGAGUGUGAAGUAACAUCGGCGGAUGACACUGGGGUAACUGUUACUGCAAACAAACUUACGGAUCUACAUCCAGAUAUGAAGAAGGCAAACAAUAACAGCCACCAGAUGGAAUUGAACGACCUCAAAGCGGAUACGAAUCAUGACAAAGUACCAGACACUGAUGGAGCAGUACAAAGUGACCAAUCUCAAUGGCAACGUACAAUGUAUUGGAUAUGUGGACUGAAAGUAUCUCACGACCGUGAUGAUAAUACGGAGGAAAAGGAAGCACAGAUUCGACAGUUGCAACAAGAAACAAACGCCAAGAAAACGAAAUGGAGACAUGUAUUAAAUGCAAAUGCAAUUGUCCUUCUUAUUCUUGAAAUUGCCAUUAUUGUAUACUAUCGUUAA